AAUAUUUAGCAAUGGCACAGAUCCACUAGAAUCCAGAAUAUCCGAGUUAGAGAAGAAGGUGGGAGACCAAGCUGAUGAGAUAGUUUCUUUAAAAAGUACAAUAGCAGAUAUACUGCGACGGGUGAGCCAAAUGGAGGGGAGAGCCGUUGUAAUUACCAACAACAGUAUCACCACCCCUAACAAGAUUACCUCCUCAUCACGUCCAAGUUACAGAACUCCAGGCAGCAAUGUGCAGCGUGACAUGGUUGAUGGGAAUGGGAUAGAGAAUUCCUACCAUACACAAGUAAACAACAAGCAGCGAUCCCCUUCAGCUACAGACAUCAAAAAUCAAGGAGCGAGGCUAUCAGAUACGAAGUCCAAUCAUCGUCCCUCAACGUACACAGAAGAGAGAAGCCACACACGAACGUCCUAUGGGCCCAAGCGAUUGUCCCAUUAUCCUACGGGCUCCACGAGCUCCUUACAGAGCGAAGGGGGGCAGAGCUCUAACUCCCUCUCUCCUAGCUCCUCCCCAGCUCCCUCCCAGAAUUCUGUUAGAGGAACACCAUCACCACGUCAUACACCUUCCCCUAGUCGAGGUUUCUCAGCUUCCACUUCUAACCUUUUGGCCAUGAAGAGGUUUUCAGGAAGUCAGGAAGCUGGCUCACCAGCUGGAACUCUCUCAAGACGUGUGACUACAGGAUCUCUCUUAAAUCUGCAUGUCCGAACAGCAUCUGUUUUGCAGCCCAAGCACGGCACCAAAGAAAUAAGUCUGAAUUCUGAGGAAGGGACACUGAAGAUGUACUUGCGUGGGCGGCCAGUUGUAAUGCACAUCCCAUCUGAAGUUCUGCAAGACUACACUCUAAGUAAAGUGAACAACGCCCCGUUGCAACGGCUACGCUUAGAGUGGGUUUACGGCUAUAGAGGAAGAGACUGUCGGUCUAACCUUCACUUGCUACCAACUGGAGAGAUGGUUUAUUUCGUAGCUGCUGUUGUGGUCCUUUACAAUGUGGAUGAUCAGACUCAGCGUCAUUAUUUGGGUCACACAGAUGAUGUGAAAUGUUUGGCAGUGCACCCAAACAAGCUCAUUAUAGCUUCAGGUCAGGUGGCUGGUGUUGAUCGAAGAGAAAGACGGCCCCGAAUUGUGGAAAGGCCUCACAUUAGAGUUUGGGAUUCAGUUAGUCUAAACACACUACAUGUGAUUGGCAUCGGAGAGUUUGAACGAUCUGUUUGUUGUGUGGCUUUCUCCAAAGCUGAUGGUGGCUCCCUCUUGUGUGCUGUAGAUGACUCACCUGAACAUACAAUAUCGGUCUGGGAAUGGCACAAAGGAGAAAAAGGUCACAAGAUUACUGAAACCAAGAGUUCUUCAGACACGGUGUUGGCUGCAGAGUUCCAUCCUAUGGAUCGUUAUGCACUAGUGACAUUAGGGAAAGGACACAUCCACUUUUGGGGCCUAGAAUGUGGAACUCUGGUUAAGAAACUAGGACUUUUUGAGAAGCAAGACAAGCCCAAGUAUGUGCUGUGUAUGGCUUUCACUGACGUUGGUGAUCUACUGACUGGUGACUCUAAUGGAAACAUCAUUGUGUGGUCCAGAGGAAGUAAUCGGCAAACACGCACCCUAUAUGGUGCCCAUGAAGGACCAGUGUUUUCUCUCUGUGUCAUGAAAGAUGGGACUUUUGUUAGUGGAGGUGGAAAAGACAGACGAAUUAUAGAGUGGGAUGAUUCAUGUACAAGGACUGGAAGAGAAGCCAAGUUACCAGAUGCAUCAGGGGGUAUCAGAACCCUCACACAGGGAAAAGGAAGCAUGUUGCUAGUAGGGACUACAAAGAACUGUAUACUGCAAGGCACCUUAAUGUUGAACUUCUCCACUGUUGUACAGGGUCAUACAGAAGAGCUGUGGGGGCUUGCUGUUCACCCCACACAAAACCAGUUUCUAAGUGGGGGAUACGAUGGUAAUGUACACCUCUGGGACAGUAUGUCUCAUUCGGUAGUGUGGAGUAAAGACAUUGGGGAGCCGGUCCAAUCUGCCUGUUUCUCACCUGAUGGAAACAUUAUCGUGUUAGCAACUGGAACUGGUCGCUGGAUGGUCAUGGAUAGUGCUACUAGACAACUGUACAAUAUUAAUUCUGAUAUAAACCAGAUUAUCGACUGUAUAAAGUUCUCACCAGAUGGGAAACUCCUGGCUGUUGGAUCACAUGACAACUACCUGUACAUUUACCAGGUUCAAGAGGAUUACAAGAAAUACAACAGAAUUGGAAGAUGUUCAUUUGGCAUCCGAAGAAAAGACAAAGAACGGCGUUGGAGUUGUUCAGAAAUGGGUCACUCAAGCUUUUUGACCCACUUUGAUUGGUCUGAAAACAGUACCUAUGUCCAGACGACAUCGGGAGACCAUGAACUGUUGUUCUGGAAUGCCUCAAUUUGUAGACAAGUCACAAACAUGGCUGUAGUCCGAGACAUCACAUGGGAGACACAGACUUGCACUCUCGGAUUUAACGUUCUUGGAGUGUGGCCUGAGAAUGCUGAUGGAUCAGACAUCAAUACUUGUGACAGAUCCCAUAGUAAGAAAUUGUUAGUGACAGGCGAUGACUUUGGAAAAGUAAAACUCUUCGUAUUUCCUGCUUGCCAGCCUAAGUGCCUUCAUCACGUGUACAGUGGACACAGCAGUCAUGUCACGGCUGUGAGUUUUCUCCCCGAUGAUACCCGAGUCAUCAGCCUGGGGGGAAGAGACUGCAGCAUCAUGCAGUGGUCAGUCUGCUAGAAUGUGAAAUGCAUUUCCAGAUGAAAGUGUUUAACUAUAGGGAGACUGCUUUGUUUGUUGUAACACUGGUGUCAAUAUUCGUAACGUCGGAAGAGUCUGUAACACUAACAACUUUACUUUAUUGUUUUUAUACAAUCUUUAAUGCACUUUUAAUUCGGUUCAUUACAUUUAAUGUUAUAUGGUAACUGUAAAGUUUCACAGUGCCAUCUGAUGGUAGAAGCUAAAAUAUUCUGUCUUGCAGUAGAAUAGCAAACAGCGUAAUCACUUAUGAAAUCUUAAUAACUGAUAACACAGAGUAUCUUAGCCUGAAAAGCAGCACUAACCAAAACGUCUUAAGCCACCUUGGUUUAGUACAGCUAGCAUUGGGUAUGCAAGAUGGGUGUUACUUACUGUUAAAAAGUAAAAUUAAUAACAUUUUAUUACAGACAUUUUGAUUUGAAAACUAAUGUUUGAUAUGUACUUAAACUUAGAUUGUUUUAACAAACUGAAUGGUGGCUUAAGUUAUUCUGUCUCACAGAGUUUUCUGUAACCAAGGUAACUUGGAAAGCAUAGAUCUAGUAGAAUCAAAGUUUUAUUGUGGCAGGUGUGUAAAUCCAUUUGGUUGUAAGGUCAUUUUUAAUGAAUGAUUUUGAGUUUCUUCAGUUUAUUUUAAAAUCAUUAGUAUACAAAAUGAUGCAGCUUUAUUUAUAUAUAUAUCCUUCAUGUAAAUACAUGUUUCAACAUUUUUUUAUUCUCUAACUUUUGGUGUGAAAAUUUAGUAAACAAAAGCUAUAAUCCAGUUGUCAAUAAACUCUGCUUUUAGACUUGAAAGAGUGUUGGAAAGAAAGCGAAUUUUAAAUAAAUUUGUGAAAGUUAAACUGUGUAUAAACCACUUAGUUUUUAUUUUCAAAGCUCAGAUUUACAACGGUGAGCCCCAACGAUUUGAAUUUUUUAUUGGCUAGAGUUCUGGGAUUACUUCCAUUACUAUUUGCUUGAGUACUGUUUUUCAUUCCACUGUUAGCAUAGUUAACAAAAAGAAAACUAAGUUUAUUAAAAUAUGUAUAUUUGAUCUUGAAUUAAACAUUUGCAUAUAAUAUUGAUGUUUGUGACACCAGUAAUCUUGUAAGAUUUUCUUCAUACAGAUCAAUAAUUGUGUAUAGAAAAUUUAAACAAAUUCUAUGUUGUGUUACCUCUAAUAGUAAAAUUUGCUUUGAUUAGUAGAUUUCACGAGUGUAUCGCACACAUACUGAAAGCAAUAUGAGCAGAAUUUAAUUAGAUUUGAUAUAGUUGAGUUGUGUGCUUUAGUAACUUUAUUUAUACUUGUGUAUCUUAAUUGAUAGACUUUUAGGAAAUUUAUCGUACUGCUGGUAUUUUUUACCUGAAAGGAUUAUUUUGUAAAAGUAGAUCAGAGGUCAAGAUUAUGGGUAAACAGAACGUAAUAUUGUGUUGUUUGUGUUAUUAUAAAACAUUUCAAACAUUCACGUAUGGAAUUAGGUUUCAAAAGAGUGGUAGGAUUUUUAGCUUUGAACAAAAUGUUACUGAUAAAACUAAGCCAAAGGUCAAGGAGACAAAACAUGUAACUCUUCAUUCUAACAGAUAUUAAUUUUCCUAAUUGUCUUGAAAACAUUAUAUAGUUAAUCUUACUUGUUUGCAGAAACAUUUAUGCGAAGUAUAUAAAAUAUUUCAUAAUAUUUUAAGUCUGCUGUUAGUAAUGUGAUAACUUUUUGUAAUGUGUGUUUGUGUAAAUAGAUUCAUGUGGCUUUUCCAUCCGAGGAUUUUCAAAAAAAGUCUUUGAUCAUGUUUCAACUUGGUGUAUGAACAUGACACCUAAAGUAUGUGCAGCAUGCUGUCUAAUUUGUUAACAGAAAAGAUGCAGCUCUUCAUGAUCAUUUAGCUGAACCAUCUGAUGGAUCCAUAGGAGCUAUGGCUUGUCACUGUUGAUUAACUGAAUCAUCUGAUGGAUCCAUGGGAGCUAUGGCUUGUCACUGUUGAUUAUCUGAAUUGUAUGAUGGAUCCAUGGGAGCCACGGCUUGUCACUGUUGAUUAACUGAACCAUCUGAUGGAUCCAUAUGAACUUUGGCUUGUCACUGUUGAUUAUCUGAAUUGUAUGAUGGAUCCAUGGAAGCUUUGGCUUGUCACUGUUGAUUAUCUGAACCAUCUGAUGGAUCCAUGGGAGCUAUGGCUUGUCACUGUUGAUUAUCUGAAUUGUAUGAUGGAUCCAUGGGAGCCACGGCUUGUCACUGUUGAUUAACUGAACCAUCUGAUGGAUCCAUAUGAACUUUGGCUUGUCACUGUUGAUUAUCUGAAUUGUAUGAUGGAUCCAUGGAAGCUUUGGCUUGUCACUGUUGAUUAUCUGAUGGAUCUAUGGGAGCUUUGGCUUGUCACUGUUGAUUAGCCGAAUUGUCUGAUGGAUCUAUGGGAGCUUUGGCUUGUCACUGUUGAUUAGCCGAAUUGUCUGAUGGAUCCAGACGAGCUAUGGCUUGUCACUGUUGAUUAGCUGAACCCUCUGAUGGAUCCAUGGGAGCUAUGGCUUGUAACUUUUGAUCAGUUGAACCCUCUGAUGGAUCCAGAGGAGUUGCAACUUGUCACAGUCCUUUUGGCAAACCAUCUUAUGAAUCCAUGACAGCUGCAUCUUACCAUUGUAGUUGUAAAACUAAACUAAAGUUGUCUGUGUGGUAGGAGGAUGUAGGUUUUGUACUAAAAGAAAGUUAAAAUAUUUUGUACUCUUAGAGAAAGUGUUGUUAGUAUUAUCCAUUUUUUUUAUGAAAGUUGUUGUUUGUUAAAGUAGUGAAAUUAACUGCAAGGUCCAUCCUAAAAGUAUUGUUGGCAGAUAGUAAUUUGUUAUUAAUAAACAUGAACAAGCGUGUAAUACCACAACAAUAUUAGUAAUUGUACAAUUAACACUGUGGUUUGGAUAAUUGAUUCGUGUGUUUCAACAGAAUUAUGUUAUUGCAUAACCACGUUUCAGACCAACUUCUGUUGAAUUAAGCCUAGGUAAGAUAUCUGUACAUUAAAAUAUAGAAUUUUUGUAUUAAACACGGAGGUCAGGUCAACUCGUGCAAUGAUUUUGUGAAUCAUUUGUCUGUCUUGGAUCAUUCAAUAAGUAUUACCUAUUUUCAGCAACUGUUUUAAGUUCAAAACUCCAGCAUAAAAAAAAAAAUCAGUGUAUUGUUUCUUACUGUCGCAGGAAAACUACCACCUUCUUUACACCUUUUUACCCCCUUGCUCAGCCUUAGUAGUUAAAAUCCAUUAAAAGGCGGCUUGUGGUGCCUUCAUGAAGUUUAUAAAUCCUCCUGGAGUAAAUUCUCUUCAGAUAAUAAUCUCAGCCAGCAGCUGUAGAAUCGUUAAAUAGUUGCGAGUUUAAGCAGCUAUUUAAAGUGGGGAGUAAAGAACUACUUUUCGUUGCGUUAUAACACAGCAUUUUGCUUCCUUGUGUAAAGCAAAAACUUCACACCAGUCGUAUCAAAUGAGAAAGCCUUCUAGGAAUGUGAUUUUGCUUACAUAUUUGAAAUUAGGCUUAUCUUCGAUUUUAUGUCACAUCUACUGGAGAAAAAAAAUGUUCAAGUUAACCGUUUCUGUAGCUAAGCUAGUAUCAAUAGAAAGUAGACUUGGUGGAACUUGGAGUUUUACUGUUUAAAUGCUUUCGUUAGAAUUGAAUUCAUUAGAUUUUAAUCCAAACAUUGAAUAGUAAACAUUUUGUAAUUUUCCUUGAUAUUAAAUAUAUAUUGGAAUUUUCAACCUUACAUAAAAUAGGCUUUCAGAGGUUAUAUUUCCCAAUAGUUUCCAGUUAAGCCACGCCGGCCACUUUCCUGACUAAAGUUGCAAGUUAUUUGAACCUAGUUAGAUUUCUAUGACUUAAGAUAUUUCCUAAAAGAAGUUUCCGCAUGACUCAGCUUAUCAUCUGAUGCUUGUGCUUUGCUUAUCGUUUUAUUUAAUUAACUAAGAGAUCUCUAGUUCUGUCUUCUCUGUAUAUCUUCAUGCCAAAAGUGCACUAAAAUCAGAAGUCCUCGCAUAAAUGACGGUGUAAUUCAUAUCUGAGCGAAAAACUAACAAUAUACACGAAAAUUUGAGCACAGUAAAUGUUUUAUGCAGAUUUCUAGAUUUGAGUAACACCUUGAAACUGUUUGAUUGAAACCAGUAAAUAAUCUCACGGAAGAACGUAAUGAAGGAUUCGCCGUUCUUUAAUUGAGGACUCGACUGUACCUAAACACCACUGCUAAAGCAGGAUGUGUUACAGCAAAACCUUUUGAAGGCUUUUUUGUCCCGUUUAAAAAUAAUUAAAAAAAGGGCAUGUUUUUUGUUGUUGUUUUUCUAAUAGAAUGUAAAACUUGUACGAUUGUAACAAAUUAUGUAUGAAAUAUUGAAUGUAAAUAACGUACUUAAUAAAUAAAUUAUUUACUGACAGAA